AUGGAGUUUUCACAACCGCCACCGUCGGUGGAUGCGGCACCAUCGGUGCAGCACUUUGCAAACCCGCCGCCCAUUAACCGCAUCCUGAGCUACCAGAACCCGCAGCCGCAGAAGCAGCAGUUUUACUUUUUCCACCACAAACCGUACCACCACUUCAAUGGCUUCCGCAGCGGCGGGCCAAUGUCGCAGGAUGACUUCGACGGCAAGCGGUUACGAAAGUCGGUCAUGCGUAAAACGGUCGACUACAAUGCGUCCAUCAUUAAAGCACUCGAGUCUCGGACCUGGCAGCGAGAUUACCGCGACCGGCGCGCCCUGCAGCCGGAGAGCAUCUACAUUCCCGAACUGUUGCCACCGCCGAGCUACAUGGACAACCCGAGCAACGCCGUGACGACACGUUUCGUCAAGACCGCCACCAACAAGAUGCGCUGUCCGAUCUUUACUCUCGCCUGGACCCCGGAAGGUCGUCGGCUGAUCACCGGCGCCAGUUCGGGAGAAUUCACGCUCUGGAACGGGUUAAUGUUUAACUUCGAGACGAUCCUUCAGGCUCACGAUGUUUCGGUGAGGACGAUGGUGUGGUCACACAACGACAACUGGAUGGUAACCGGCGAUCACGGCGGAUACGUCAAGUACUGGCAGUCGAACAUGAACAACGUCAAGAUGUUCCAGGCGCACAAGGACCCGAUACGUGGAAUAAGCUUCAGUCCGUCGGAUGCGAAGUUUGCGAGCUGCAGCGAUGACGGCACGGUGCGCGUGUGGGAUUUCAUGCGCUGCCAGGAGGAGCGUGUGUUGCGGGGCCACGGUGCCGACGUCAAGUGUGUCCACUGGCAUCCGCAGAAAGCGCUGAUCGUUUCCGGCAGCAAAGACAACCAGCAGCCUAUCAAACUGUGGGACCCGAAGUGUGGCCAAGCGCUAGCCACUCUGCAUGCGCACAAGUCCACGGUGAUGGACCUGAAGUGGAACGAUAACGGAAACUGGCUAGUGACGGCUUCGCGGGAUCAUCUGUUGAAGCUGUUCGAUCUGCGCAAUCUCAGCGAGGAGGUUCAGAUAUUUCGAGGUCACAAGAAGGAAGCGAGUGCCGUCUCUUGGCAUCCGGUGCACGAGGGUUUGUUCGCUUCCGGUGGCUCCGACGGAUCGAUUCUCUUCUGGAACGUUGGCACCGACAAGGAAGUUGGCAGUAUCGACAUGGCGCACGACAGUAUCGUGUGGACGCUGGCCUGGCACCCGCUCGGGCACAUCCUGUGCUCGGGGUCGAAUGAUCACACGGUCAAGUUUUGGACCCGUAACCGUCCCGGCGAUCAGAUGCGAGACAAGUACAACCUCAACACGCUACCGGCGAGCUUGGCCGGGCUGGACGAGUGCGAGCUGGAGGAACACAUCGUCAUCCCGGGCAUGGGUCCGGAGGAUAAGGUCGACAUCGUUGAAAGCAUUGCGACGAAGGAAACGGGCCCGAUUCCCGGGCUCGAUCUGAACGUGAACAACUUUAACGAGAAAAUGCGCGAAAAGAAGAUUCCCUACAGCAAACCGAUUCCGCGCAACUUCCAAGCACAGUGGAACGAAUCGGGCGCACUCGAUGACCACACAACGGCCGACGAGAUCAAGGAGGUUAUUUCGCAGAUCGUCGACGGCGUCACACCGGCUGCACAGAAGAAGCCGCUACCCACCGCGAUGGCCCUUUACGAUCGGAUGGUGCAGGUUAUACCGGGGGGUGCACUGGAGCGGGCAAUCGACAAUGGGGCGGAGGCUCUGAACCGCUUCAUCGAGCAGGGUGGCAUCCCGGAGCUGCACGAUAUCUUCCCACCGCAACCCGUGCCCAUCGAGGCGGCGUCAUCGACGAAUGGUGAUGGCGGUACGGAAGAGGGCGGCGGUUCAUCGAAACAACCGGCCCCAAAACGGCGCCGUCUCGACGUGGAACCCAAAUUCUUUUACGGCCCGCAACCCCCGUUCGUGAUCGAUCUGGUCGAUCCACCGGAAGUAGUGCGCAACGAACCGGAAAUUGUAAUCGCCACUGGCGAUGACGAUGAUGCAGGGUCGAAAGAUGAUGUGUUUGAUGCAAACAUACCUUCGCUGCUUCAGGUCGACCCGAACCAACCGACCCUUCAGUACAACACGGAAGACCCGACGGACCCCAAGAAGCGUGGUGCGGGUCGAAGCGAGAAACAAUUGCGGCGUGACAAGCGCGAUCUGGAGCAGGACAAGCGGACGUGGAAAGCGUUUAACGAUCGUAACUGGGACGAGGAGGACGAUGAUGUGAUGAUCGUGGAACCGGCGGGUUCAACGGGUAACCGCAGGUCUGACUCUCCCGUGAGCCAGAGUACCAACAGUAACGGACCAUGGGGCGCGGAAUACGAAGGUGAUGGACAGCCGCCACCCCCUUGGAUCAGCGAUAAUGGUAGUUCGAGGGGGGGCCCUCCACCACCAUUCGGUGGUGGACCGUUCGGUGGUGACGACGAUGGUGGCAGAUCGUUGGAUGGGUUUAAUAGCCAGCGGCCACCACCACCGUUCGGUGGUCACCUCAAUCCGAAUCCCUUCGCGAUGAUGGGUGGAAGGAACGACGACGGAGGUGGAGGAUCAGAGUACAACCACGGUGUCGGUGGGUCACACAAUAAUCCCGGCGACCAUCGGGACUUUGGGCGGAACGAUGACUGGGGGCGUAAUGAAGGUGGUGGCAACAACCAUCGUGGAAAUAAUCGGAACCGGGGUGGCGGUAGAGAUUUCCGUGAUGACCGCGGUGGUCGACGCGGUGAUCGUGGGUUCCGGAGAAGAAACUAGCUCGUUUGGGGAACAACGGGGUCGUGAGAGUGAAAACAUGCCCUGCAACUGGCACGAUCGCGGGUCUGUAGAAAGCAACAAUUGUAAGAA